GUCAAGUUGUGAAAUGUGUUUCGAUUUAUAACAUUAAUUUAAGAUUACAGAUGCUAAUAUAGAUAAAAUGAGUGAUUUUGUAAAUGCUACGGAGGCAGCAUCGCUUGCUGUUACAUUCGAUCAAGCAGGACAGGUAGAUAAAGCGGUAGAAUGUUACAGAACAGCAGCAAGACUGUUGGAUAGAGUUCGCGAUCAAGUUCCCCCAGAACGGCAAACAGAACUGCGUGAUAAAGUGCGACAAUAUCUUCAGAGAGCUACCCUCUUGCAGGAACAAAAAGACAAUGCACAGCAAGUGGAGAGCGAGCGAGGGCUGCAGCAAUGCUACUUCCUCCUGCAGCAGGCUCUGGAUGCGGACGAAGCUGGUCUUGAGGAUCUGGCAUUGCAGCUGUAUACUCAGGCCGUAGAGCUGGCGGUUACUAUAAAAUCAAGUGACCCAGACAUACAGACCAAUGUAAAGAAUCUGGCGAGACAGGCACUGGAUAGAGCUGAGGAACUGAAAGGGAUCAACAAAAUAGGAGCCAUGUCGUUAAACGACCCAAAGAGGCCGCCACCAAACAAAGCCCAGCUCCAAAGAGAACAGAGUGUUCAUUUAAAAGUGAGCGGCAAGCAGGUGUACACAAACGAGGAGAAGGAGGUUCUGCGGCAGACGUCCAAUAUUAACAACAACUGCUUUCUGCCGUUCAUGGAUAUCGAUCUUUCGGAAAGGUUCCAGUACGCGAUUCCCUUCGAAGACCGAGCGAGCGAGCUAAAGCUAUCGUCCAAGCAAGCGAGCGAGUUCGAACGCUGGGUGCGGCCGCACGAGAUUAGCUCUGACCCCAAGAUGAUAGUCGGCGACCAUGUUGACUGCUUCAGUAUUAAACAAACCAUAGUGUCAGACUGUUCAUUUGUAGCCUCACUCGCCGUCAGCGCCCUCUACGAGAAGCGGUUCAACAAGAAGAUAAUAACUUCCAUCAUUUAUCCGAAAAAUAAAAAUAAGGAUCCUGUGUAUAAUCCGUUUGGGAAGUACAUGGUCAAGUUACAUCUUAAUGGAGUUAGAAGAAAGAUUAUUAUCGACGAUCGAUUACCAUACAGCCGGUACGGCCGCCUGUUAUGUUCGUACUCAAGCAAUAAGAACGAAUUCUGGGUGUCGCUACUUGAGAAGGCGUAUAUGAAGGUCAUGGGUGGGUAUGACUUCCCUGGCUCCAAUAGUAAUAUAGAUCUGCACGCACUGACCGGCUGGAUUCCGGAGCGGUGUGCGAUCCGCAGCGAGUCGGAUUUCAACAGCGACGCCCUCUAUGAGACCAUACGGACAAGACUGCAGCGGGGCGAGGUACUGGUGACAGCGGCCACAGGCACUUUAAGUGACGCGGACGCCGAACGCACGGGGCUUGUGCCCGCACAUGCGUACGCCGUACUAGAUGUCAGACUCGCUAAUGGUGUGAAACUCCUAAAACUCAAAAACCCCUGGUCCCACCUCCGCUGGCGUGGCAACUACUCGGAGCUCGACACCCACCACUGGACUCACGACUUAAGAUCUCAACUCAACUACGACCCUGACAGCGCGGCUCAAUAUGAUAACGGGGUGUUUUGGAUAGACUAUGCGAGCAUAUUGAACUUUUUCGACGUGUUUUAUCUGAAUUGGAACCCGGAUAUGUUCCAGUACACGUAUUGCAUACAUCAAAAAUGGGACGCCGGCAAUGGUCCAGUGAAAGACGCAUACAACAUCGGAGAGAACCCUCAAUUCUCUCUCCACGUGCAAGGCAAGGGGGCCGUGUGGUUGUUGCUAACCCGCCACAUCACGCAGAUCGACGAUUUUAGGGACAAUAAGGAGUACAUCACGUUGUUGGUGUAUAAGAAUAAUGGGAAACGAGUUUAUUAUCCAUACGACCCUCCCCCCCACAUCGACGGCGUCCGCAUCAACAGCCCCCACUACCUGUGCAAGAUCAUCGUGGGCGACGCCAGCGCGGACAGAUACACGCUGGUCGUCUCGCAGUACGAGAAAUCGCGGACGAUAUACUACACGCUGCGGGCGUACGCGACGUGUCCCAUCUCGAUGGAAAAGUUGGAGAGCUAUCGGCAUACUAAAACAAUCUCAGGCGAGUGGGUGGGGCGGAGCGCCGGCGGUUGUGAGAACCAUCGUGACACGUAUAAGAAUAACCCUAAGAUCUACAUAACCGUGCCAGAGAGCAGAGUGCCGUGCCGUGUGGUGGCGCAGCUAAAGGGCCCCAAGCAGUUCCAGAUGGGCAUGGACGCGAGGGUCGAGUCCAUCUGUGACCCCAACGUUACAGCACCCUUUGUUAAAGAGUCCUCCGGCGCUUAUAGAUCCGGCUUCGUAGUGUUAGAGCUACCCGUCCUCCCGGCGGGCCGGUACGUCAUAACGCCGUCGACCUACUACCCGGGGCAGGAGGGGCCCUUCAUCCUGGAGCUCAAGUCCACCAUAGAGCUCGCGUGCGAGGCGCGCGGCUAGGCGCGGUGGAGCAGGGCGAAGACUGACAAUGCUAUGUAUUAAUAUUAAUACACUGAGAA